AUGAAGAUCAAAACUCCAUCACCCAUAAGAGUAACAGGAUGGAAUGACAAUAAUAAUACUUCAUUUUCUUCCAUCAAUUAUCAAAUCGAUGAUCCACUCUCUCCUGCAAGUUUAUUGAGUGAGGUGACCAUCAUGGAUCAUGAUUUGACAUUCACAAGAACAACAUCAGCCAUGAAUCAUGCAGGGUUGAAUUUUAUUGAGGAGCGUGAGGAAGAAGAAUCAUCAUCCUCUGGUCAACCAUUAAGAAAUGAACAUACCAUCCAUAAUGCUCAUGAUGAUUUAUUCAUCAAAGAAGAGAGUGAUGAAGAGGAUGACCAUUAUUGGCCGUUCAUGAAAAGUCAUCAGCAGAACCAGUCUGAAAGUACUCCCUAUCACGAAAGUACUCCCUACCAAGAAAGUACUCCAUACCACCAUGCUGAUAAUGAUGAUGAAGACUCUUUCAUGAUAUCUCUCAACCAAUACGAUCAUCACAUGAAUACCUCUUGGAAUAACCAUGAUUUCAAUUCUACAUUAGACCAUCAUCAUGAUCUUCUUUCCAAUCAUCAUGACAUCUCUUCAUCACCUUCAUCGUCCUCCUCCUCCUCUUCCCGAUCGUUUAAGGACGACCCUCAAGAAAAAUAUUCUACGACUUGUGCCAACCACCACUCCUUGUCGUCCCCUACGACGGAUAAGCCUCUCACUAUGACGACACAUCAAGAGUCGGAAGAUGAUCAUCAGGAAGAAUGUACAGACGAAGAGGUGGUAGAUUCGAAACAAGAUCAUUGCUCGAGUACCUUCUCUGGAAAAGCUACCAUCAUUCCUUUGAAUAUCUCCAAGAAAGACUCUUCUUCUUCUUGGGAACAAGUUUAUGAAGAAGAAAACAAUUCGGAGAGGUCUAUUGUAGAGGAACAUUCCUCUCGAACUUUGAAGAGUAAUCAUGAUGAUGAUGACGACGAACGAGGUGGUGGCCAUGAGGACUCUUUAAGCACACAAGCCUUAUUAUCAAAUUUACACAAUUCAGAAUCUUCAUUGCUAGUGCCCACAUCCAAUCAUCAAGCACAUGACGAGUUGGAAGAUUCAAACAAUCAUCAUGAGGAUGAACCUAAUCUUUCAUCACUGACCUCUUUUCCUAUCAUUCGUUCUAAAUAUUUAGCAAAAGAUUUUGAAGUUGUGGAGGACAUUAUUGAAGUGGAUUCAAGAAAUGCUUCUUCCCUUGGUGUUUAUGAAAAAGAAGAUUUUGACAACUCUAAAACUCACUUGUAUCAUGAACAACAACACACCAACAAGAAUUAUGAAUUUCAUCUGCAUGGUGAUGUUCCAGUCUCUUCAGAUGUGAGUUCUCCAACGCACUCUGUGACCACUCAUCAUCAUUCGAGACAUCGCUCAUCUUCUCUGAACAAGUUAAUUGUACUGACACCCACGAUGAAAAAUUCUCAAUUCUACUUUCAAUCCGCUCACAACAAACAAUCUUCCAAGCAUUCUUCUUCCAGCAAUAAUCACAUGUUUGUAGUAUCAUCGCCAUCCCACAAUAAUCAAACAACACCUCUUUCAUCAAACUCCUCUUCCAAUCACUUACAAACCAACCAAAUAAUACAUCCUUCAUUGAUAUCAAAAUCAAAACCUUCCAAAAAGAAUAGUGCCAUACUUUCCUCUGUAAAUAUUCCCUCCCAAACCUCUAUGAAACAAACUCUUGUCUCCACAACGAUAGCACACAAUACAUCUUUGAACGUACGAUCUUCAUUGGAUCAACAACACUCACCAACGUUUUCUUCCAAACUAUUCCUGAGAGAAUGGGAUGCAACCACACAACCCUCCACACGAGCCAAACUAUUAUAUUCAUUUGUUGAAUCAUGCCAACACUUGUCAUGUCAAGAAUUAGAGAGCAAGCUUAAAAGUUACUAUGAACUAAUAUUCACACGAAUUUUAGGAUAUUUUCAGUUAAAUUAUUUACAUUGCAAUGAUCUUUCAAUUCAGAUCAAAUCAUUAGGAAUUUUUUUAAAACGAUACAAACCCUUAAUAGAUUUUAUAGAAAUUGGAGGUACCCAGAUACUAUUGGAAAUUUUAGGGUUUCAUUAUUACAAACAUGAAGUGCAAGAUAAGAAUGAAUGUUUAUCAUUGUUAACAAGUAUUGCAUGUAAUGGAAGAAAGUUUAAAGAAGUGAUUUGUUUUGAUAACGGAAUUUCAUUGCUAAAGAAUGCAAUACUCUAUCUACCGUCUACAGAGUCUGUUCAUUCAGCAAAAACCUUUUUUCUAAGUAUUUUUCAUGGCAAUCCCAAAUAUGAGAAGGAUAUUUUAGAGAUGAUUGUAAAUUUACUUUCUCAACAUUCUUCUCCUUUCAAUUGGAAGAAUCUUAAUUCACAAAUCUCUUCAACAAACACACCUAGAAGAAAUACUGAAUUUAUGAAUGGUACCACUCCAAGAGGUUCUUCUCUAAUCACGCAUUUAAUAUCUCCAAGAGGUUCCUCUCUUGUCAAUAACAAUGCUACAGAUUCUCCAAAUUCUCCAUCAUCAGGAAAAAAGAGUCAUUGGUCAACCAUUAUUGAAGUAUUUAAAUCUCCAAGAGGAAUUGGAGUUGAUGACUUUAAAAGAUCAACUGUAUUUGAUUUCACGACAAGUCCUCUUCAACAAACAACAAACUCUCCUCAAGUAUCUCCUCAUCAAAAUACUGGAUCACUCAUAAAUCUACCAAAUAAUCCGAACCUCCGAGAUACCCUCACUCUUUCCUCUCAAUCAAUGUUACUCAUUUAUUCAGUCAUUCAAGAAAUAUCAAAAGUUGUAAAGAUCGAAAGAAUAAGAGAAACGAGUGUCAUUGAUGUAUUAUUUACCAAUUUAAGUGAUGAAGAUAUUCGAGUUGUUAACGAGAGUGUUGAUAUGAUACUACUCUCAAUGAAUUAUCAAGAUGAAAAUGAAAUUUUUGCUGAAAUUAUUUUACAUCGAGUGUUACAAGGAAUUUCAAUGAUAACCAUACUUUUAGGCAAGAAGAGAUUUAAAAAUUUAUUGAAAUCUCUUUUCAAGAGUGAUCAACAACAUAAGAAACAAGUGAAACAUUUUCAUCAUUUACUAUUCGGAACAUGUUCCAUUUUGAAUGCCUUAAUAGAGAAAAAGAGUAGAAAUAUUUUUAAAAGACUCAUUGAUGCCAAUGUAGUAUUAAUGUUGAUCGAGAGUAUGGUGGUGAUCAAGGAAAAGUAUGGAGAGAAUGAAUAUCAUUUGGAAGGUAUCAAAGUCAUGACAAUGUUGUUUCGAAAUUUAAUACUUCGAUUUGAAGAGUUGAACAUGCCCGAUGCGGACAACAGCCCACAAAACAUUUUACAACAAGUUCUUGGAGUUGAAAUCACUCAGUCUCUAUGCAACACCAAUCGCUCAACAAACUCGGCACUACCAACCAAUUUUUAUCUAUUUCUUCAAGAUGCCAUUCAGAGAUCAUGUUUUGAACAAGUGAGGCAAAACAUUACAGCCUCAUCAAGAAAGUGA